AUGUCAGCAAAUCAAAGAGAAAAUUAGUUGACAAAUCAGGGAUUAGAUUUUACAAUAAAUGUAAGCACUUAGAGUUCUCCAUCAAAGGGUGCAGUAUUGAGAAGGUCUAGAUCUUCUCAUCAACAGUCCAAUAAAUUCCAUCAUUCCAUCAGAAACGACUUUAUUACAGAUCAGGAUUUAGAGUACCUAUCAUCAGAGAGUAGAAGUGGUUUGCCCUCCUUAAUUUCAAAAAAUUAACCUAGACCCAAGAACUCCCGGACUUGGAAAUAUGGGUAAUACCUGCUUUGCAAACAGCGUGUUACAAUGUCUAACUCAUACUCCUCAAUUUUUAUCAUAUUGCUUGAAAGGCAUGCACUCUUAAAAGUGUCCAGCAAAGUUAUAAUAGAAUGGACCACUCAUGAUGCUAAAUUCAUUUAGCUCUCAUUCAAGCUAAACAUUUAUGAGAUCAGCGAUUGUUCAAUAAAUUUUGAAUUCAGACUAGUUUUGGGAACGAAAUUUGUAUAUCCACUAAGUGCGAUAAUUUUGAUAAAGAAGGUAGCAUAAGGUCUCUUUGAAGUUGGAAGACAAUGUGAUGCAUCAGAGUUUUUGCUAUGUUUGCUAGAAAAUUUAAUCCAGUCUUCAUUUGGGUAUUUGAACAAUGUUCCGUUCAAGCUACAAAGAGAAACAGUCGUUUCUAAGAUCUUCUAAGGUAUGCUUGAGAGAUAAAUUAUUUGCUGCUCCUGCACUAAUAUGACUACAAUAGAGGAAGCCUUCCUUGAUCUUAGUUUGAAUUUAACUUCAAGCCAUAAUGAUCCAAAUAUGACUCACACAUAAUUGUCAUCUUAACCUGUUGACUUGCUGGACUGCAUUAGUGAGUUUUUCAAUACUGAUACACUUGAUGAACAAAAUAAAUAUCAUUGCUAAUCAUGUGGAAGGUUAAGUAAAGCUCAAACUAGAUUCAGAAUGAAAAAUUGUACCAAAUUAAAAACCCCUUUAAAUUUUCCUGAGUAUUUUUCCUUUGACUCAGAUUACAUUCUUGAUGAAGUCGCAUUUCAAGAAUAAGACCAUCAAUAUAAAUUGUAUGCUAUUAUCGUACAUUAAGGCUAUUCAGCUCACAAAGGUCACUACUAUAGCUAUAUUAAGCCGCCUUACUCAGAUAACUGGUUCAAAUUCGAUGAUGAAUCUGUUAAGUUAAUUGAGAAUAUAGAAACUUAAAUGCUCUCUACUUAGAAGGCAUAUAUUAUGUUUUAUCAAAAAAUUAAAAUCCAAAAAAAUCAAAUUAGGGGUUAAUUAUCUACCAGUCCCAAUAAGAUAUCUGAGUUAAAGAGGCAACCAGAAAUAGAUUUAUUCAAAGAGAAAAUCCAAAAUGAUAAAAAGACUAUCAGUGAUUAAAAGAGGUCAACUUCGCCAAUAAAGAUUUCAUUAAAGGAAAAGUAUCCUUUGAUCCAAUUAAAGAAUUAAUAAACUAUAAGAGUCUAAAAAACAACUUUAAUUAGCAAUGAAGAAGUCAAGUAGCCUGACCUAGACAUUCAAAUUACUGAUACUUCAAGCCAUGAAUACUCAACUAGAACUAGAAAAAUAAUAAAUUAAACGAUAAUUGAUGAUCCUGAAAAUAUCUUAAGGAAGUAAAGAUCUCAAAAAAUAAACAUAGGUUCAUCUUAAGCUACCAUUUCUAUUAAUCUUUAGAAAAUUAAAGGUCCUAAUUCAAUUAAAAAGGUUAACUCUAAUAAUAUAACUAGAAGUAAUUUCAGUUCUCGUAAUUCGAAUUAACAACUAUAAAUUAAUUCAAACCUUGGUAGUAACAACUCUAAAUAAUCUAAUUAAACUGCUACGGGUUUAGGUAUACAUUCAAAGUUCAAAAAUCAAUAUAGUAAGAAGCCUAAAGUAUUACUUGUGAAUAAAUCAAGAGUUGAUUCUUAAAAAUCAAAAUAAAAUAACUCUGCCUUCUAAUCUUUGUCUAACUCAAAUCACAAUAGUACCAAUGCUGCUGGCUUAGGAAGUAACCAUGGAAGUGCUAAUUCAACCAAAACUAGGAGCAGUGUAAAAAAGAGGAUACUUCAAUAAGAUAAAAAUAUAAUAUACCUAAGUUCAUCUAGAAAAUGA